GCGUGGCUCUGUGAAAUUCUCCGGCCGACAUCGGAAAACUUCAGCUUCCUGCAUUCAGAUCUGCGAGGACCUUCGAUCGACGUCUGGCCGGGUUUUGGGCUCCAAGCCGCGGCCGCAGUCAUGUCUCUGCCCCGACAGCUGAGAGAUGAGAGCGACUUCGACCAGCUUCCGGACAACAUCCCAAUAAGUGCCAUGAUAGCUGACAUCGAGGAGCGGCGAGGCUUCAUGGUCUUCUAUCGGUUUGUGAUCGAGGUGAAGACUAAGGGGGGCAGCAAGUACCUCAUCUACCGCCGGUACCGGGAAUUCUUUGCCCUUCACCAGGCCCUGGAGCUCAAGUUUGCCGGCGACAGCCAGAUCAGGCAGUACACCUGCACCCUGCCCACCCUGCCAGGCAAGGUGUACGUGGGAAACAAGCAGGAGAUUGCAGAGAACCGCAUCCCAGAGCUGAACAAUUACAUGAAGAAGCUGCUAUCACUGCCUACAUGGGUCCUGAUGGUGGAGGAGAUCCAGAUGUUCUUCUACCAGACGGAUUCAGACAGCCUGCAGGUUCCACGCGCCCUGCGCCGGCUCCGUCCCCCAACCCGCCGCAUAAAAACCGUCAAGCCUAAACCGGACCUUCUGUCGUCGCCGAGAGCAGAGGUGGUGUUCGACUUCAGCGGGAGCGGGCAGCUGGAGCUAAGCCUGCGCACUGGCGAGGUGAUCUUCCUGCUCAGGAGAGUCAACGCUGACUGGCUGGAGGGUACCAUCAGGAACCAGACAGGCAUUUUUCCUGCAUCCUUUGUGAAGAUUAUCAAGCCCCUUCCAGAUAGUGAUUCAGAAGGUGAGGAAGAUGCUUCAAGGACCAAAGAAGGGCCCCCGGCAGGGUCAUACAGCUGCCUGCGCUGCUACCUCCAUCGCCCCACUGGCGUGGAGACCAGGGACUUGUGCGUUGAGGAGGCUCUCUCUGCCAGGCCCUCCUACAGGGAGCUGUUCACGCGGAUGAGGGAGCUGUUUAAGCUGGAGGACAUCGCGCUGAAUUACCGAGACAGAGACGGGGACAUGGUGCGCAUCCUGGACGACGAGGACGUGGAGCUGAUGGUGCAGGAAGGCAGGCGGCGAGGCUGGGAGGUCAAGCGGCCCAUCAACCAGUACCCCUGGGAGCUGCACGUCAGCCUGGCCUCGGACUUCUCCGUGUACAACACAGAGCCCUGAGCGCGCGGUAGCCACGCACGUGUCUCUGGGCCCGUGUGACGGUGCGCGGCUAAAUCCAGAGCGAAUGAGAAGGUUUAGUGACGCUACACGAUUGACACAUCUUCAUACCGCGGACAGUCACCGCGAUAUCAGAGCGACUGCAAAGCAAUGGGGUCACCAUCAGUGCCCCAACUUGGCAGUUAUAUAUUAAAAUGGUGUUGAACCUGUUCAUUUACCUUCAUAAAUGGAUUGAGACUGUAUGUAAAAGGAGGCAGUUACAGCAUAUAAGGGAGACUGGGUAUGGUUGUAACACUUUUUGCUUUAUCGCCUAUAACUCGCUGAAUUUUUGAGCUAGAGUUUUAAAAUUUUUAUAUGAAGAGUCCACAUUUGUUUGCUACAAACUGCACCAAGCCAAACCUCUGCAAGAAUAUCACAGACCUCAUGAGUUCAUGACAAAUACAUGGUGUCCCUUUGUUACAACCUACCCCACUACCGCUUGUAACACUUGCUGGGGUAAGUUGUAACAGUUAGACAAAAGAAUUAAAAAAAACCUGGGCACACCAUACUAUAUACUUCAAAAAGAGGUUUAUUGAAAUAAGCAAACAAUCCAGAACAAUGUCUCUGCGACUGACCCUAACUCAAAUCCACUAAUCUGCUAGAACAAACUUCCUUAAUGGUAUGUAUGCUUAAUCAACACUCUACUACAAUGCAUCUUGUAAGUCUAAUAAAAAAUAAUGUGUGUACAGUA